UCCGCUCCGCUAAGCGCAAGAAGUAUGAAAGCCAAGAAGUAUGAAAGCCAAGAAGUAUGAAAGCCCUGACGUCUGCAUCGCAGUAAAUGCUGUACUGCCACUUGGUGGUGGAUUGACCAUGCGGAGCCUUUAAGGGCUUUUAUCAGAGACAGAAGAGGAAACGAAACAUCCCACUCCCUUGUUUUUUGGGGGGGUUCCUAUAUGGUCAAUGAACGAAGCAGACCAGACCCAGCUGCUAAUGCAUUGGUGUCAUUAAGCAGAUGGGAACUGACCAUUUCCCCCCCCCCCCAAUGGUAACGGUCUGAGUGUGACAUCAUAAUUUAUCCACCAUCUUUGGUUUUAUAAAAUGUUUUAACUGUGCCCCACUAAUUAGGCUCCCAUGGAAACACUGACCAGAACAUUGUUUCCUUGCUAGCUAAUAGUCCAUGUAUAAACCUUGAACAAAUACAAGUUAGCCUAUACCACUUCUGUUUUUAAACAAUUAGCUAUAGGCAGUGUAGCAAAUAGCUACAGAAGACUUCUUUCGUUGCUACUGACUUAAUGUAACCGUCAUCAGACACUUUUGAGGAUGACUCCUUGGCGCAUUUUGAGCGGUGUUCUAAAUAGUGUACUGUCCCUUUAAAAAAGUCCCUUCCCGGUCUCUGUUCACCGUGUCGGCACGGUUUCUAAAACCAUACCGUACUGUCUUUGGUAUCGGCAACCUUCUUCCCCCCCAUUUCGCUGCUUCCUGUUUUCAUUUGUCUCUCUGUCUAAUCAUGGCCGCACAUUCAAUCGAAGAGCUGUUCCCCUUCCACGGGUUGCUCCCCAAAAAGGAGACCGGCGCUGCGUCUUAUCUCACCCGGUUCCCCGAGCACGAUGGACGGGGUGUUCUCAUCGCUAUCCUCGACACUGGCGUGGACCCGGGGGCCCCGGGCAUGCAGACCACGACGGAGGGGCAGCCGAAGAUCGUUGACAUCAUCGAUACGACGGGCAGCGGAGAUGUCAACAUGGCAACGGUGGUGGAGCCUAACGACGGGGCGGUGACUGGGCUCUCCGGGAGGACGCUCAAGAUCCCUCAUACCUGGGUUAAUCCAUCAGGAAAGUACCACAUUGGGAAAAAUGGAUAUGACUUGUUCCCUAAAGCUCUCAGAGAGAGAAUCCAGAAAGAGCGAAAGGAGAAGCUGUGGGAUCCAGCACACAGAGCAGCUCUGGCUGAAGCUAGUCGCCGGGCAGAGCAGUUUGACAUCGCUCACCCCCCCCUCACAGGUAACAAUCAGGCUGAGAAGCUCCAGAAGGAAGAGCUGCAGUGCCGGUCGGAGCUGCUGGCGUCUCUGGAGAAGAAGUACAACGACCCGGGUCCGGUCUACGACUGUCUGCUGUGGAACGACGGAAACACAUGGAGGGCUGUGGUAGACACCUCAGAGACUGGGGACCUGUUUAGCUGCAGGGUUCUGGCCUCCUACAGGGAGAAGCAGGAGUUUGCUACUCUGGGAGACGCUGAGAUGCUGAACUACUCUGUUAACAUCUACGACGAAGGAAACACUCUCUGCAUCGUCACCAGCGGAGGGGCUCAUGGGACCCACGUGGCGAGCAUAGCGGCCGGUCACUUCCCUGAUGAGCCGGAGCGGAACGGCAUUGCCCCCGGUGCCCAGAUCCUGGCGUUGAAGAUCGGAGAUACACGCCUCAGCACCAUGGAGACGGGCACCGGACUCAUCCGCGCGAUGAUAGAGGUGAUCAACUAUAAAUGUGAUCUGGUUAACUACAGCUAUGGAGAAGCUACCCACUGGCCCAACUCAGGGAGGAUCUGUGAGGUGAUAGGAGACGCGGUUCAGAAACACAACGUAUUGUUUGUGUCCAGUGCUGGGAACAACGGGCCCUGUCUCUCUACUGUAGGCUGCCCUGGAGGCACCUCCGCCGCUGUUAUAGGCGUGGGAGCGUAUGUGACCCCAGACAUGAUGGUAGCAGAGUAUUCCCUGAGAGAGAAGCUUCCUCCUAACCAGUACACCUGGUCGUCUCGGGGCCCCAGUACGGACGGGGCCCUGGGGGUCAGUAUCAGUGCUCCGGGUGGGGCCAUCGCCUCCGUACCCAACUGGACCCUCAGAGGAACUCAGCUGAUGAACGGGACCUCCAUGUCCUCCCCUAACGCCUGUGGAGGGAUCGCCCUGGUGCUGUCAGGACUGAAGCAGAAUGGUAUCCGUCCGUCGGUGCCUGCGGUGAGGAGAGCUCUGGAGAACACAGCUCUGAAAGUAGACAACAUCGAGGUGUUCGCACAAGGACACGGAAUCAUACAGGUGGACCGAGCUGUAGACUACCUGACCCAGCAUGCCUCUCUCCCCACCUCUAACCUGGGCUUCUCUGUUACCGUGGGAACGCAGCGAGGCAUCUACCUCCGAGACCCCAUCCAGGUCCUGACCCCCUCUGACCACGGGGUCGGCAUCGAACCUGUUUUCCCCGAAAACACCGAGAACACGGAGCGUAUUUCGCUGCAACUGCACCUGGCCCUGACAUGCUCCGCCCCCUGGGUGCAGUGCCCCUCCCACCUGGAGCUCAUGAACCAGUGUCGCCAUGUCAAUGUCAGAGUCGACCUGGGGCUCCGAGAGGGACUGCACUAUACAGAGGUGUGUGGCUACGACACUGCAACCCCCAGCUCUGGCCCUCUGUUCAGAGUCCCCAUUACGGUUAUCAUCCCCACCAAAGUUCCUGAGGGCCACAGUCAGGAGGUGUUGUUCACAGACGUCCACUUCAGACCAGGGCAGAUAAGACGACACUUCAUCACUGUCCCACAGGGAGCCUCCUGGGCAGAGAUAACAUUGACGUCUCAGAGUGGUGAUGUGUCCUCUAAGUUUGUCCUCCAUGCGGUCCACCUGGUGAAGCAGAGAGCUUACAGAGCCAACGAGUUCUACAAGUUCUCCUCCCUGCUGGAGAAGAGCUCCCUGACUGAGGCCUUCCCUGUCCUGCCGGGGCGGACGGUAGAGUUGUGUAUCGCCAGGUGGUGGGCCAGCCUUGGUGACGUCACCGUUGACUACAGUAUCUCCUUCCACGGCCUGACCACCUCCCCGUCACCUCUACACAUACAUGCAUCAGAAGGUGUGACUAGUUUUGAGGUGUCCUCUCCUCUGAGGUACGAAGACGUUUCUCCGAGCGUCACCCUGAAGACCUGGGUCCAGCCACUGAGACCUCUGAGUUCUAAGACCAAGGCUCUGGGUCACAGAGAUGUUCUCCCCAACAACAGACAGCUCUAUGAGAUCGUCCUCACCUACAGCUUCCACCAGCCUAAGUCAGGAGAGGUGACCCCCAGCUGUCCACUACUGUGUGAGCUGCUGUAUGAAUCAGAGUUUGACUCUCAGCUCUGGAUGCUGUUUGACCAGAACAAGAGACUACUGGGCUCUGGAGACGCCUACCCACACCAGUAUUCUCUCAAACUAGAGAAAGGCGACUACACGGUGCGUCUGCAGGUGCGUCAUGAGCAGGCCGGUGAGCUGGAGCGUCUGAAGGACCUUCCGUUUGUGGUGUCCCACCGCCUGUCCACGGCUCUGACCCUGGAUGUGUACGAGUCUCACCGCGCUGCCCUCGUGGCUAAGAAGAAGACCAACUCCCUGACCCUCACCCCUGGAGCUACCCAGCCUUUUUAUGUUACAGCCCUGCCUGACGACAAGGUUCCUAAAGGAACGUGUCCAGGAUGCUAUCUGACCGGCUCCCUGGUCGUGCCUAAGGGAGAGUACGGCAAGAAAGCAGACAUUGUGCCAGUGGUCUACCACCUGAUCCCUGCACCCAACAAGACCAAGAACGGAGCGAAGGAGAAGGAGGGAGAGAAGGAGAAGGAUGGAGCGAAGGAGAAGGAUGGAGCGAAGGAGAAGGAUGUGAAGGAGGAGUUUGCAGAGGCUCUCAGAGACCUGAAGAUCCAGUGGAUGACCAAGUUAGACACCAGCUCCCUGUAUGAUGAACUGAAGGAGAACUUCUCUUCUUACCUGCCACUGCAUGUCCAGAGGCUGCACCAGCUGGACUCUGAGAAGGAGCGUUUGAUGCGCCUGGGUGACAUCGUGACGGCCUCUGACAUGGUUCUGUCUCGGAUUGACCAGACUGCCCUGGCGGUCUACCUCACCAUAAAGACCGACCCGCCCGACGCUGCCACCAUCAAGAGUGACAUGGAGAAGCAGAAAUCCUCCCUGCUGGACGCUCUGUGUAGGAAGGGCUGUGCCCUGGCUGACCUGGUGCUGCUGCCGGCUACACCCCAGGACGGGGCUGGGGGAACUGGGGGAGCUGGGGAGGCUAGGGAGGCUAGGGAGGCUGGGGAGGGCAGGGCCAAAGACUUGACCGACACCUUCUGGGAGCUGCAGAAGUGGGUGGAGCUAACUGACUCGAAGGUGUUGACGUUCUCCUACAAACAUGCACUAGUGAAUAAGAUGUACGGCAGAGCCCUGAAGUACGCCUCCAAGAUCGCAGAAGACAAACCCAGUAAAGACAACUUGAAGAACUGCAUCCAGCUAAUGCGGUCCUUGGGCUGGAUGCACUGUGCCGCUUUCACAGAGAACUGGCUGCCCAUCAUGUAUCCUGCCGACUACACUCCCUUCUAGACUCACGGUUACACACACACACACACACACACACACACAGAGUCAUGGAUUGACCUCACAAACAUAAACACACAUCUGAAAACAGUCAGCGUUUUUUUUUACCAAGUCGGACUGAAUGCCUCAACAAUCUGCCCUCUCUCUCUCUCUCUCUCAACGUGGAUGAUUUCAACCCAGCCACGUUUCAGAUCUUUCUUGUGAAACCCUCCACUUGUUGCUCAGUUGUAGAUAGAAAUGUGAUGUACAGAACGGCUUGGAUUGUUUGUUUCUGGAAUGUUUUUGAUCUUUUUUUUUAACGUUACAUUUCUAUUAUUAUUUUUUCAACGUUGUGACUGUUUCACCCUCCUGAAUGAACCCCGGUUUGUAGAAAUGUAUAUUCAUGCAUCAUAAUACACAUUAUAAAGAGGCAAUAUACCUUCUCAUGUUAUUGUUCUCCCUGAUGUAUUUUAAAUGGACGGAUGUCUUUUUAGAGUAAAACCUGUUUUUGGUUUGGAAGCUGAUCAUUUGACUUCAGUUGGGGCGGCAGGCAGGUAGCUUAUUGGUUAAGAGCGUUGUGCCAGUAACCGAAAGGUCGCUGGUUCUAAUCCCCCCCGAGCCGACUAGGUGAAAAGAAU